AUGGGGCGCAAGCUGGACCUGUCGGGCCUGACGGACGACGAGGCGCAGCAUGUGCUGAAGGUGGUGCAGAGGGACAUGAAGCUGAGGAAGAAGGAGGAGGACAGGCUCAGUGAGAUGAAGCAGGAGCUGGCGGAGGAAGGCAGUAGAUGCUCCAUCCUCUCCAAGCAGCACCGCUUCAACGAGCACUGCUGUAUCCGCUGCUGCUCUCCCUUCACCUUCCUGGUCAACCCCAAGCGCCCGUGUCUGGACUGCCAGUACAACAUCUGCAAGACCUGCCGCACCUACAGCAAGCGGGACAAAGCCUGGCUCUGUACCGUCUGCCAGAAGACCAGGAUAUUGCGGACCCGGUCUCUAGAAUGGUACUAUAACAACGUGAAGAGCCGCUUCAAGAGGUUCGGCAGUGCCAAGGUUCUGAAGACGCUCUACAGGAAUCACAUAGUGGAGAGAGGAGGCAUUUUGGAUCUACCAGAAAGCAGUGUUCACGACGGAAGCAAUGACAACGAUGGCAGCGUCUGUGGCAGUGACUCAACCUUCUACAGGCAGAGUGAAGGGCACAGCAUGGCAGAGACCCUCACGGUUGCCCUGCGCGUUGCUGAGGAGGCCAUAGAGGAAGCCAUCGCCAACGCAGAGGAAUUCAGUGACAGCUUGGAGAAGCAGAAUGAGGCUCGCUACCUACGGGACCACAAAGAAGAGCUUAUAGAGGAACUGGCCACAACCAUCGUACAAAAAAUCAUCCAGAGGAGGAAGCAUUCCGAGAUGCAGACAGAGUAUGAUUUUGUGUGGCCCCAGAGACUGAGCCAGGGCCAGCCUCAGGGCAGUGAGCUGUCCUCCCCCAGCCAGCACCCUCACAGCACCCUGGCCCAGGCCAACCAGGCCCACCUCAAGAGCUCCUACUCCCUCUGGAGGUCGCGGUCGGCAUUCUCCCUGACCAGUGAUGACUCCCCAGAGAAGGUCACUGAGGCACUAAUGGGGGCGGGGGCAGGGGGCGGGGCACAGGACUACGCCUCUCUGAAGAAGGAGACGGCCAGGGCCUCCUCACUGCCCAGCUGGAAGAGUGUGGACCGCCUGGACAACUCGAGUGCGUCUUCGGUGUUGCAGAGCCCCGACGGGAACUGGAUUGCACUGCAGAGCUCGCAGCACUCCCGUCCCAGCCUACUGGCCAAGAGAAAGUCGCUGGUGUUCAGCGUCCUGGAGAAAGAGUCUGGCGUGGUCUCGGCCUAUGACGAGAUGGGCUCUGAUUCCGAUCAGGAGAACGACGAGGGGGGCUGGGGGGCCGCGCUCCGCCAAUUCCGGCGGAAACUCUCAGACGAGACGUACUACACAGACUCCCAACACGACCCGGAGUGGACGUACACCCCUGUCCACCUCCCGGUCACCUCGCCCUCCUCGGGCCAGUACACCAACACUGAGACCAUCAACUCUGACUCAGAGUCCUCGUCGGUACCCUCCGCCCGCCCCCGCAAACCCCUCCAUAACGUGAUGGGGAAAAAAGGCCCUAACUCGGACCCGCAUCUUCAUCCCCAGCAGGCUCAGUACCACCAUCAUCAUCAUCAUCAACACCAGAACUUCCCCUCGUACCCGCUCCACCCGGAGGCGCUGGAUGUGAACUUUAACCCCAAGGUGACUGGGGAUAGUAGCGAGGCAGAGGACAGCAUGAAGAGCGACCAGGUCAAGAGGUCGCGGAGACGCAGGAAGAGCAAGAGGGAAGCGGCGGGGAACCAGGCCCACACACAGACACACACACAGCCCCUCUACGCACAAUCUGUACAGAGGGGCAUGAGUGAGGAGAUGACCCCUGAUGUGGUGCCCAUCCCCAAAGCCUCCUCUGAGGCCAUGACCCCCGAGGACCAGGACACUGUGGGCCCUAACUCUGCGGCCCGUAACCCCGUGACCCCUGACCCCCUGUCCACCAGCAGCACUGGGCCCGGCUCCGGAGACACACUGGAGCAGAAGCUCCACUCCAAACUGAGCCAGCUGGUUGGACGAGCCAACAGCAAAGAAGUAGUGAGCUCAUCCGAGGACGAGCCAAUCAAAAGUCCUGGAGGGAGAGACCGAGAAAACUCUUCUUCCUCACACUGUUUUUCCUCCCACCUGAUCGCUCCGUGCAGGUCGAGCAAGUACUCGGCCGCAUCUCUGUGCAGUAUCACCACAGAGGUCCUGAAGGUGCUCAACGCUACCGAGGGGCUGAUUGGUGAGGCGGGGGGCGAUAGCGUCACUCCCUCAGAGUGCGUGAGCGCGUCUGAAUCCUUCUCCAGCAGCUUAGAGACCAGGGAGCUGGACCAGAAACUCACCAAGAUGGAGGAAAACGUAUACCUGGCUGCGGGGGCGGUGUACGGCCUGGAGGGGGCACUGGGGGACCUGGAGGAGGUAGCCCGGGACAUCAGCAGUGACACCUCAGACAGAGAGCUGGCCUUCCUGGAGGACCAGGUGGCCACUGCCGCCACCCAGGUGCAGCAGUCUGAGCUUCAGAUAUCAGACAUCGAGGUGAGGAUAUUAUCUUUAAAAACAGCUGGACUGAACGUCACCGCCUGCAAUCGUUUCUCCAAGUUCCCCAAGCCAAAACCUGAGCCUCAAACCCUCGACACGUCACGUCAACAGAGGAGAAAGCUACCUGCCCCUCCAGCCAAAGAUAGGGAGUCUGAGCAACAUUGCCUUGAUCCAGCGUCCGCUUCGGGCUACGCAGGGACUAACACCUGCCCUGUGCACCCCACCCAGCGCUCUCCUCAGCCAGGCACUUCCCCAUCCUGUCACCCCCUAAAAACGACCCCAUGCCCUGCCUCCCCAGGCCAGGAUUGA